ACAUGGAACAUGGACUUCCGGUUCUCCCAGCUUCCUGACCUCAGCGUCGACCAGCUGUUCUUCGUAUACUACGCCCUGGACAACUGCGAGGCGGCGGACAGGGUGUACCAGGAGCACCGCGGUCACUGGCUGCCGGCGCACUACCGGGUCAACGUGCCACUGCGCAACGUCGUCGAGUUCGCGGAGCUCUUCAAGUGUCCGCCCGACUCGGACAUGGUGCGCGUCAGUUUCGUGCCUCGUUGUACCGUCGUGGCCGUCGACCGAUGGGACCAUAGUCGACCCGACAGUUCUUUUUGAGUGAUGUUUCUUUUAGAUUAACAACGGCCGACCGCAAUUUUUUGCUGUUUUUGCUGACGCUGUGAUUUGAUUCUUGACACUGACGCAUUUUUGUUGUCGAGAUACCUGUACAAUUUUGACGUCGCGACUUGUAUAUAAACAAAGUGUCAUACAUCUGCGAUUGCGGUGAAGCCACU